CGCCGCCGCCGCCGCCGCUCGGGCUGUGCGGCUCAUCCCUCCCUCCGUCAGUGUCAGCUUCCUCACGAACGACACCCCGGCUGUGACUUGCCUGUCUGUCCGCGGGCGUGAGGAGCCGCCACGUCCCCUCACCCUUAACGCCUCGCUUUCCCACCUUCCCCACCCCGCGUCGGCGGCCGACCCUUCCUCCCCCGCGGCGUCGCGGCCGCGGCCCGCCUCACACCCAGAUGUGGGAAGAUAAACGAAGGGGGUUGGAAGCUAAAUAAAUGUCAGUGGAAAGGAGACCCAACACUAAGGGCUGACUAUAGAGUGUGAAAUCACUUUCAGAGAGAGACUAUUAAGAACACAGGAUGGGGACUCCAGGCUCUGGAAGGAAAAGAACACCUGUGAAAGAUCGGUUUUCUGCAGAAGAUGAAGCUUUGAGUAACAUCGCCAGAGAGGCAGAAGCAAGGCUAGCAGCAAAACGGGCUGCCCGGGCAGAAGCAAGAGACAUACGCAUGAGAGAACUGGAACGACAGCAAAGAGAGCCCUCUCAUCAUUCCUUUGACUGGAAAUGGGGACAGAUUCACAAGUGGCUGGAAGAUUCAGAAAGGGCCAGGUCUUCCCAUCGAUCCAGUCGCCGUCGUUCUUACCUGGGAGGUGAGGAUACGCUGUCUCUUCGCAGUCUUGGCAGUCACAGGUAUGAUACUCUCAAGGAUGGAUCAUCAAGAGUUCCAUCAUUAAACCAUUCUUACAGCCACUCUUAUUGGAUAAAGAAGAGAUCUCCUGGUUCUUACAAAGACCCACUGAGUGGCCUCUACUAUGACCAGAGAAACUAUAGCAGUCUUAGACACAGCAAACCCACCUCUACUUCCUACAUUCGGCAGGCUUCUUCCCUGUGCAGUGAUCCUCUGGCAACAUAUAAGAGUAACAGCAGGGCCUCUCCUACAAUAAACUCUGGUCUGCUGAGAAGUGCCAGUCUGGCAUCAUUGCAUGAUGGUGGAUUAUAUAACCCUUAUGGGUCUCGAACUCCAUCUGAAUACAGUUAUUACUCAUCAAGAACAAGUUCAAGCCGAAGCAGUCCUGUGUUCCUCGACGAUGAUACUGCAAGCAUUGUGUCUUCUGAUCGUGCCAGUCAUGGGCGAAGGGAAAGUUUGGUUUCUACUGCUGAUUAUUUUAGUCGCUCCAACCGUAAGGGGAGUGUUGUCUCUGAGGUGGAUGACGCCGGCAUUCCCGAUUUGACCAGUUUGGAUGAAAAAUCUGACAAACAGUAUGCUGAAAGUUACACAAGGCCCUCAUCUCGAAAUUCUGCCUCAGCUACAACCCCUCUAAGUGGAAACUCAUCCAGACGAGGAAGUGGGGACACCAGCAGCUUAAUAGACCCAGACACCUCAUUAAGUGAAUUGCGGGAUAUCUAUGACCUGAAGGACCAGAUACAGGAUGUAGAAGGGAGAUACAUGCAGGGGCUUAAAGAACUAAAGGAAUCCCUGUGUGAAGUGGAGGAGAAAUACAAGAAAGCCAUGGUUUCCAGUGCACAGCUGGACAAUGAGAAGAACACCCUCAUCUACCAGGUGGACACACUCAAGGGUGUUAUUGAGGAACAAGAGGAGCAGAUGGCAGAGUUCUACAGAGAAAACGAAGAAAAAUCAAAGGAGUUAGAAAGGCAGAAACAUAUGUGUAGCGUGCUGCAGCACAAGAUGGAUGAACUCAAAGAAGGUCUUCGGCAAAGAGAUGAACUUAUUGAGGAGAAUCAGCGCCUGCAGCAGAAAGUAGACACCAUGACAAAAGAGGUGUUUGACCUCCAGGAGACCCUGCUUUGGAAAGAUAAAAAUAUUGGGGCCCUAGAGAAACAGAAAGAACACAUGGCCUGCCUCAGGAAUGAGCGAGAUGCGCUCAGAGAGGAGCUGGCUGAGCUGCAGGAGACGGUGAAGACAGCAGAGAAACAUGGCUUAGUUAUAAUUCCCGACAGCACUCCCAAUGGUGAUGUCAGUCAUGAACCUGUGGUUGGAGCCAUUACUGUUGUGUCUCAGGAAGCUGCUCAGGUCUUGGAGUCAGCGGGAGAAGGGCCACUAGAUGUAAGGCUACGGAAACUUGCUGGAGAAAAGGAAGAACUACUGUCCCAGAUUAGGAAACUGAAGCUGCAAUUGGAGGAGGAGCGGCAGAAGUGCUCCAGGAAUGACGGCGCAGCCGGAGACCUGGCAGGACUGCAGAACGGCUCAGACUUGCAGUUCAUCGAGAUGCAGAGAGAUGCCAAUAGACAAAUUAGUGAAUAUAAAUUUAAGCUUUCAAAAGCAGAACAAGACAUAACCACCUUGGAGCAAAGUAUCAGCCGGCUUGAGGGACAGGUGCUGAGAUACAAAACUGCUGCUGAGAACGCGGAAAAGAUUGAAGACGAGCUGAAAGCAGAGAAGAGGAAGCUCCAGCGAGAGUUACGAACAGCACUGGACAAGAUUGAGGAGAUGGAGAUGACCAACAGCCACCUAGCCAAGCGGCUGGAGAAGAUGAAGGCCAACAGAACAGCCCUUCUAGCCCAGCAGUAGGAAGGCCGCCCUCCACCUGGCUGCUGCGCCCAGGCCCUGCCCAGAGGACUGACUCUCUUGUAUAUUGACGCAAAUCCCUUUAAGUACUGUUUGAGUCUUGUCAUUAAACAGCCACCUUUGUAUUUUAUAAUUUAUGAGAAUGAAGCAGGUUUGAAUCGUCAUGAACAAACAUUUUGGAUUUUGUUUGUAGUUCGAUUCUAGACUAGUCCAUGCUGUUUUUACUCUUAAUUUCUAUAAUUGGAGAAUCAAGUUUACUCAGCAUGUUCCUCCAGCUGCCUCAGUGACAGGACACUUGGAGGCCUUGGCUCGUGUUCUGGAGGACAGCCGUUCUGAUUGCUGAGAUGCUUGCUGGAGACCUCAGAAAACACAAGUGCCUUCCUCCUCCACAGUGCAAUGCAGGCUUCAGAGAUUCGGUCUACUCUUCCUAUCAGAGCACUUAUAUUUAGUGAAGAAAAACGCUCAAGGGUGAGGGAGUCUAUGUUUCACUCAAAUUUAUAUGUUUGGAGGAAAAAGCCUUUUUUUGUAAAAUACUCAAAUUUAUAUAAGAAAAUGUUAGAAAAAGAUAAUGGGAGUAUAUAUAAAACUUGCUUCUGCCGGGCACGGCACACACCUUUAAUCCCAGCACUCAAGAGGAUCACUGUGAGUUCAAGGCCACUCUGAGACUACAGUGAAUUCCAGGUCAGCGAGGGUUAGAGUGAGACCCUACCUCGAAAAACCAAGCAAGCAAACGAACAAAAAACCUUGCUUCACCGCAUGGGCUGGAGGAGCACCUAGAGGAGUGCUCGCCCACAUCCGCUGUGCUGGUCCUCGAGUUCUCAUCUGCUGCUGAUUCGUGGGAGGACACCUCAGACAAGCCCAAAGGCAGAGGGUGGGACAGGCAAGGCUGGCGGAGAAUCUGCCUGAGGAAUAUGAAACACCCCUUUUCUGCCAACUACGAUUGGCUGCUGACACCUUCAUUUUGUUGCAGAAGCCUUCAGGACAAACCAUGUCUGCUCUUUCCCCUCUUUUGUUCCUCAAAGUAAAACAAUUUGGAGUAUACAACUCUUAGUGUUUUGAGAGAGACAGGAUCUCACUAUGUAGCCCAGGCAGGCCUCCAUCUCAGAACCAUUCUGCGCGGGCCUCCUGAGUGCUGGGAUUCCAGCGUGCACCACACCUGACUCGGGAGUAGAGAACUUUUAAGUUCAUCUUUAAAAGUGCCCAUUUAAGAGGCUUUUUUUCCAAUUGCUGACUGCAGCCACUUUACAGGGUUUGUGAUUCUCUUUGUCAGAAUCAAGGUGGUGUCAUAGGAAUGCUAUUGUAGUUUUAAAGUGUUUACACAGAAAACAUUGAGGAAAAAAUCUAAUGAAUCAAGGCCACUUAAUAAAGCUAGACUUGAAACUA